AUGUCCGUGAGAGCAGUUCGUGUCACCGCCUUAGGUGGACCAGAGGUUCUCAAGCUGGAGACCAUCCCUAAACCAACACCAAAACAGGGAGAGGUACUCGUUCGCGUACACUCGUCUGGGGUCAAUCCUUGUGACACAAUUAUCAGACAAGGAGAUUAUAGUCUUUCAAAUGUACCGCCACCGUUUGUCACCGGCCUGGAUGGUGCUGGGAUUGUAGAGGAGGUCGGUCAAGGUGUCACUGAGUUCAAGGCAGGAGAUCGUGUGUACAUUGUGGCUGAGUCCUCAGGCACCUGCGCUGACUAUAUUGUUGCCCUUGUCAGAAAUGUGGCCUCGCUGAGUGACCAGUUGUCGUUUGCCCAGGGAGCCUCCAUUGGUAUCCCAUACUACACGGCCUACAAGGCUCUGUACACAAAUGCCCGAGCCAGACCUGGAGAGACGGUCCUUAUCCAUGGAGCAAGUGGAGCGGUUGGAACCGCAGCCGUUCAGAUCGCUGUAGCUAACGGUCAGAGAGUGUUGGGGACUGCCGGCAGUGAGGAAGGUCUGGAGCUGGUCAAGAAGUUGGGAGCUGACCAGGUGUUUAACCACAGGGAGGAGGGCUACACAGACAAGAUACUGGAGGCCACAGGUGGAAAGGGUGUGGACGUCAUCCUGGAAAUGUUGGCCAAUGUCAACCUGGACAAAGACUUAGACAUCGUCGCCCUCUGGGGCCGG